ACUUAACAGUCGGUUAGUUUGUUUACGAAUUGUAAAAAUAAGAUGAUAAAAAACAAAACAAACUAAAUAUCAGAGAACUGAAAUUUGUAUCUCUCUUAAUUGAGAACUCUCUCAAAUUUCAAGUAUUUCUAAUCUAACAGUACCUAAAUCAAAUUAUAAAGUGAACAAAUUUAAUGAAUUAAGUAUUAAGUGUCAAUACAAUUAUGACUGUCAAUGAUCGAGAAACUGAACAACAGCACGAUAAUGCUACGGAAACAUUUGAAGAGCAUUAUGAUGGAAGUGACGACAAUUCAUUGGAUGUGAUAUUAGUUCGUAUUGGAGAAUUUGGACGUUAUCAAAUGUUUAACUAUGUUCUACUUUGUAUACCAAUGAUUUUUAAUGCGUUUCAAUCCAUAUCCUAUGUCUUUACUGCUAGUCCUGUUGUAUAUAGAUGUAAUAUUUCUCAGUGCGACGGUCCAACUAGUCAGUAUUGGGAGCCUUGGCUUAAUUUUACAAUUCCACAAAAGGAAAAACAGUAUGACAAAUGCAAUCGAUAUGUAUAUGAUAAAACAUUGGACGAUUACUAUUCAGCGCCAUCUACAUCCAACUGUGUUGAACGUAAUUUCAACAAAUCCAUGGUCGAGAUGUGUUAUAAUGGAUUUAAAUUUCGUGAUACAGAAUAUACGACGGCGAAUGAGUUUGGAUUCUUUUGCUCUGACGAAUGGAAGCUUACAUUGGCUGGUACUAUCAAUAAUGUUGGGCAAUUCAUUGGCAUACCGCUAGGUGGUCUACUUGCAGAUAGAUUCGGCCGUCGCACUAUGUUGGCAAUUGCUGGAUUUCUUAGUUCCAUUAUGGGCAUAAUACGAUCGUUUUCGACAAAUUACUAUAUGUUUCUAUCGUUUGAACUGCUUGAUAUGAUUGUUGGAAGUACAUUAUUUCCUACUGCAUUUUUAUUGGGCAUUGAAUUGGUUGGUCCGAAACGGCGUGUGGCGGCCGCCACAAUCAUCACGAUAUUCUAUUCUUUGGGCGAAGCAUUAUUGGGCGUUUUAGCCGAACAGUUUCAAAAUUGGAGAACUCUUCUUCGAGUGCUGUAUAUACCAGCGGCAUUGCACAUAUUUUUUCUAAUCCUAUUGCCCGAAAGUGUGCGUUGGCUUUUGAGUCAAGGUAGAGAAGAGCAAGCUGUUGCAGUACUUAAAAAGGCGGCUCACAUUAAUCGUAAAGUUCUGCCAGAGAGUAGUUUAACAAAUUUGGUAAACUCUAAUAAAAUCAAAUUGGAAAUGGCGAAUGAGAGCAGUUACCCCAUUUGGUUAGCAACUAAAACGUUUUUCUGGAGAAUUGCGAAUUGUUCAUUGUGUUGGUUUACACACACGCUGGUGGCAUUGGGAUUGAGUUUAAAUUCGGUAAAUUUAGGUGGCAAUAAAUACAAGAACUUUAUGCUAAAUGGCCUAGUGCAAGUGCCAGGUUUAAUACUUCCACUUUUCAUAAUGAACACAAUCGGACGACGUUUUUCUUUAUGUGGUUCCAUGUUGAUAUGUGCUCUGUGUAUGAUUGCAACGAUACUAUUUGGAAAAGAUGGUAACUCCAUUGAACUGAUAUUAUUUUUGAUUGGUAAAUUUGCUAUAACUUGUAGUUUUCAAGUUUUAUACUUUUUUACCUCGGAAAUAUUUCCCACAAACGUACGCAAUAGUCUUCUAUCCUUGUGCUCUAUGAUUGGUCGUAUUGGAUCUAUGUUGGCACCACAAACUCCAUUGCUGGCCAAUUAUUACGAAUAUGCCCCACAAAUACUAUUUGCUGGAUUUGCUUUGGUCAGCGGUUGUCUGACAUUAUUAUUUCCAGAAACGGCCAAUAAAUCGCUGCCAACAACAAUGGACGAUGCUUGUAACUUAAAAAAUAGGCCAAAUGAAAAGCCAGAAUCUGAUGAACAUUUCUAGAGCCAUUUUGAUCUGUAAAAUGUAUUAA